CCUCACUCCCUUCUUCCAACCUUUCGCCAGCUAAUGUUUUUCCCUUUCCGAAGAAAAAGGUCAAGAGUAUCUCAUUCCUUACUUACUCCCACUUUACAAUAAUACUCUCUCCUUUAACCUAUUCACCAGACUGCCACCCUCUUCUGUAUAAGAAUGCACUGUGACAUGAGGACAUGAUGACUCUGUCGUGAAGAGACUAAGAGAGAGAGAGAGAGAGACAAAGGAUGGGAGUGAUUAAGAGGUGGACGUCUGUGAAGAAGAAGAAGCAGCAGAAAGAGGAGAUUGAAGUGACGGCGAAAGAAACACAUACAUGGAGGCGACUAAGGGGUAUGUUUUCAUCGUCGCCGUCGUUUAAGUGGAAAAGAGUAGAGAUACUGCAUAUGGAGAUAGUGGACGGAGUGGUUUACAACGUGAUGUAUGUAGUCGAAGCUGUCGUUCUCGUUUCGACUCUCUGUUUCUUCUACCUCUGUUGUGGAUGCCACAUCUGAUCUCUCAUGUUUUUCACAUUCUCUCAAUUCCAUUAUUCUUUUGUAUUCAUACUUCCUCUUCAUCCUUCUCUUAGUAUGUUGUUUAGCUUUAGUCUCAAUUUUAUUACACAGUAAGCUUAUAAUGUAAUCUGAUGUUAUGUAGUUCUAUAGAAUAAACUUGAAUUCAUUUGACUUGCGAA